UCCCCCGCACGCCCCCUCUCACGGCUCUGCGCAGGCGCAAUGCUCACUAGGCGCGCGGAGGAGCCCACGAGGCGCAUGCGCGGUGCUGUGCCCGCCGCCGCUGUGGUGUCGCCGCUGCCGCCGUAGCCGCCGUUGCCACCUCCCUGCCGGCAAGUGUGGGAAGGAGGAGCCGAGGGCCGCCGCCGCCGUUGCCGCCAUGGGGAGGAAGUCGAGCAAAGCAAAGGAGAAGAAGCAGAAACGGUUGGAGGAGCGAGCAGCCAUGGAUGCCGUCUGUGCCAAAGUGGAUGCCGCCAACAGGCUUGGAGACCCUCUAGAGGCUUUCCCAGUGUUCAAGAAAUAUGAUCGAAAUGGGUUAAACGUGUCCAUUGAAUGUAAGCGAGUGUCUGGACUGGAGCCAGCCACCGUGGAUUGGGCUUUCGACCUGACCAAAACCAACAUGCAAACCAUGUAUGAGCAAAGCGAGUGGGGCUGGAAGGACCGAGAGAAACGGGAGGAAAUGACAGAUGACCGAGCCUGGUAUCUCAUUGCUUGGGAAAACAAGUCGGUCCCUGUUGCCUUUUCUCACUUCCGGUUUGAUGUGGAGUGCGGGGAUGAAGUCCUGUACUGCUACGAAGUGCAGUUGGAAAGCAAGGUACGGCGGAAAGGCCUGGGGAAGUUCCUCAUACAGAUCCUGCAGCUCAUGGCCAAUAGCACACAGAUGAAGAAAGUUAUGUUAACGGUAUUUAAGCACAAUCAUGGCGCCUACCAGUUCUUCAGAGAAGCGCUGCAAUUUGAAAUCGACGACUCUUCCCCCAGCAUGUCUGGUUGCUGUGGGGAGGACUGCUCCUACGAGAUCCUGAGCCGGAGGACCAAGUUUGGGGACAGUCAGCACUCGCAUGCGGGCGGGCACUGUGGUGGCUGCUGCCACUGAACCCCCAAGCCAGGACACUCUCUCCAAGGCCUGUCCUCUCCCCAGGUGCCCUCAGAGCUGUGGCCUCCUCAGCCCUGCCCGUGCCAGGCUGCAUCCUGAGAGCGCAGACCCUGGGGAGGAGUGGUCCGAGCUGCCCCUCCUGUCUCCUGGAAGAGCAGAGUACCAGUGGGGAGCAGAGAGGAGAGGAUGCUGAGGGAAGAGCUGGCAGAAGCCGGGGCAUGAAGUCAUCCUCGCACAGAGGCUGCCUUCUCACUCCACUCUUGUGCCCUUGAGCAUGAGACUCCCAGUCUUCUCUGUAGCUAGAUUCCUGAUAGUCCCCACCCCCUGCCCUGCACACACACGCACGCUUGGACAAGCGGAGCGUUUAUACCCACCUUUAUGAAAGUCCUGGGAGUCCUGGGUCGGGAUCUGGCUGGUCCCCAAAGAGGAAUGGGCUCAGUGUAAGGUCUGGGAAUAGAGAGGCUUCAGAGAGACUCAUGCAUUGUGGACGCAACACUCUGAUGGAGACUAUGGGGAGGUCUUUUAUGCCACAACACAGGGAAGCAAGGGCGCUCUUUCUAGCUUUUAUGGAUCCACGGAGUGGAGUCAUCCCAGGGCACCAGCCAACUCUGGGAAGAAGGCUGCCUCCUUCUCCGUCGCUGUGAGAGGAGCUGAGAGGACCAGGAACAAAGGAUCGAAUGGAGCCCGCCAUGGGGACAGUUGCUUCUUUGGGCUUUUGGACUUUGCUGCAUUCUAAGCAAACCUCUUGAUCUCAUGGCAGUGACUGACUAGAGUGUUUCAUUCAUAGGAAAAAGCCAGAGGUCCUGCCUGUUCCUGUCCCCUCACUACUCUUUCUCCCCCUGCCUCUCACCUCCACCCCAGAUACCUCUGUUCUUACUCUCAAGGGGGAAUAACAUCAGGGAGCCCAUCAUCGUCCCCCAGGAGGACCCCUUGUUCCUGGCAUGUUCAGUGCCAUUUCCGCUCAUAUCUUGGUGCUGAUAGCUCUCUGUGGGGGGGCAUCCCUCUUCAGAGAGCCCCCAGCCAGCAGCAGGCCCUCUGCCUGCGCUCCCCAGCCUCGCCCCUUGCUGCCUCAGUGAGGCACUAGUACCACUGCCCUGGCUGGCAGCUCAGGCUGCAGCAGGAACCGCCUAGGUGGCCACGUCACCCUGUGGCAGCAGGCUGGAGCAGGGGAGAAGGCCUUCGUCUUCUCACAGGACAGGGUGCAGGGUCAGAGCUUACACUCGCCCUGAUCUGUAGGCCUUGUUCCCGCUCCAGGGAAAAAAACGACCAAAUUCUUAUCCAGGAAAAAACACCUAACACCCCCUCCCCCCUUAAACAUACUUGAGGCCUGCGUUAGGGAGUGUCCUAAAGUUCUAGCCUUUGAAGUUGCUGUCCUGGAAGUCGGGGUCCUUCUGACCUCAGAAUCUGCUCACAGCCCUCCUCUGCCCCGACUCAGGCAUCUGUGCUGGGGACCUCCCCAGAGCUGUUCCUGCUUCUCCCCCAGACCCUGCCUGUGCAGGGGCCUGUGCACAGCCUCUACCUGGCCCAGCCCCCGCUGAGCAUUCUGUGUUGCUCUUGACCCCGCCAGCUGUGGCAUGGGUCACUGCCUUGGAGAGGGCCCUGCAGCUUUACACUGGAAUAAGCCCACCCGUGCCCUUGUCCUGCUGGCUCCCAGGGGAUUUUACUCAUGGGAGAGAGUUUCAGUUGUUGGGAGGGCAUUGGUGGGCUCCUUCCAAGAAUCAUGGAACAACAAGCAUGCUUAGGAAGAGUUUUCUCUAAUCCCUGUCUUUCAAAGGACAUAGAAUGAUAACUAUUUAUUGUCUUAGAUCAUGGAUUUCUGAUACCUCCCACUCAAGGGGACCAAAAGGAACCCCCAGUGUAAAUCCCGCAUAAGGUGAGUUCAGUGUAUGUUGUCUCUUUCCAGUAAUAGGACACCUGGAACCGAGCCCAUUGGUGCCUGGGGCGCUUGGUGCCAUGCCCUGCCUGUCCAGCCUCUGGCAGCCACCUCGGAAGGGCUGCUCGGGACGUCAGGGCUGGGGCAGGCGAGGCCUCGCUGCCUGAGUCAGCACGUCGCUCUUGUCGCUGUUGAGCCCGUUCAGUUCUUAACCAUCAGUCUUUCUCCACUUCCCCAGGUCUUGGUUUUGAGAAACAUAGCAGGCCUUUACCAGGCUUUUUUGUUGUUUGUUUGGGGCACAUUAAAAUAUUCUUUAAGAUUUUUUCUUUUUAGUUGUAUCCACUCUUAUUUCAGGUUAUUUUUGUUGAUGUCAAAUGUGCACAUGACAUGUGUAUGGUUCUUUUUAACCCUUUUUUUUAGAGGAAACUUUGAAGAUAAACUCCUUGAUAUAUAUUUUUUCUUUAGCAACUUGUUAUCACUGGAAUCAAAGGGAAAAAAUGAUCUCUUUUUGCAUUGGUUGUAUUUGUAUGUCACGAAUAAAAGAUACUUUGUUCAG